AUGGAGAGAGGGCGAGAGGGAGAGCGGGAAAGAGCGAAAGAGGGAAAGAGGGAGAAGAAGAAGAACCAGUCAGAUACACCGGCUGUGCACACCUUGUGCUGCAAUCUCCCCGCUCGCGUCUCGCUCUAUGGUCGCCAGGAGGGCGAGAUCUCCGCGACGGAGAUCCGCGAGAGGGGUCUCAUCGAUGUCCACUAUGGUAGCGUGGCGGAGAAAGCCCUGCAGCUUCAACCGGCGGAGCUGCUCGUGCCGAAGCAUGCGCAGAAGGAGUUCGAGGAGUGCUUUGGCAUGUCUUGGGCGGAUGCCUUGAAGGAGGACAAGGUGUGCAACGCCGCGGAGGCACAGAAGAGGCUGGGGUGGACUUCCCAGCAACUGGGCGCCCACUGGGACACGCUGAAGAUGGGCGUUGGUAAAGUGAAGUUCGGCGGCGGCUUCUACUGCGGUCAACUACGCGACCUCUUUGUCAUCAACGGCUUCUACAUGGCCAUGCGUGGCCAGUACCUGAUACCUGGCAGUUCGGUGCGAUGGUUCAAAGUGAAGUGGCACGCCUGCGACAUGUCCUGGAAAGUGUUUCGCGACGAGAUCGUGGGCAACACGGACCCUGCAGCUGCAACCGCGAAGUCUCUGCGUGGGCACUUCCACCGAAACUGGGCAGAGCUUGGCUUGCCGAGCCAGCCGCACGUGGGCGAAAAUGCCGUGCACGGAUCCGCGAGCCCCUUCGAGGCCUUGGCUGAGAAGAGGAACUGGCUUGGAGAGGACUGCAAGUCUGAUCCCUUUGGCUCCUUGCUUCUCAGCAGUGGCAUCACCAUCGAGACCAGCGAGAGGUGGCGCCGCAACCCCGUGGCCGCCCAGCCGCACCCAGCUCUCCCUCCCUCUCCGGCCUCUCGUGCUGGGAAGAGGUCACAGCGAACCCUCGAGUCAUGA